CAAACCCACCAACCACAAUCACCAACUGGAACCACAACCGUGUCACCACACAGCACACCCCUACAACACACUCAAUCCAAGCAACCUAGCCCAAGCACGGCAGACCAACUACACUGUCCCCGAGCACUGCAGUUCCGAACACCUGGUCCCCAACUCUUGUUCCUACCACUCUUAGCCCCACCACUGGAAACCUACAACCGUGUCACCAAGUACAGGCACCCCUACAACACUGAAUCCAAGCACCCUGACCCAAGCACGCAGGACCAACUACACUGUCCCCGAGCACUGCCAGUCCUACAACACCUGGUCCCACAACUCUUGUUCCUACCACUCUUAGCCCCACCACUGGAAACCAGACCUACAACUCUGACCAUCCCAACCCUCUCAACACUCAAUCCCACCUGGACACCGGACCAACUCCACAUGUCCCCGGACCUGCAUCCUAACACUGGUCCCACAACUCUUGUUCCUACCACCUUAGCCCCACCACUGGAAACCUACAACCGUGUCACCAAGUACAGGCACCCCUACAACACUCAAUCCAAGCACCCUGAGCCCAAGCACGACAGGCCCAACUACACUGUCCCGAGCACUGCCAGUCCUACAACACCUGGUCCCACAACUCUUGUUCCUACCACUCUUAGCCCCACCACUGGAAACCCUACAACCGUGUCACCAACCCCACCACUGGAAAACCCUACAACCGUGUCACCAAGUACAGUCGCCCCUACAACACUCAAUCCAAGCACCCUGAUCCCAAGCACGGCAGGACCAACUACACUGUCCCCGAUCACUGCCAGUCCUACAACACCUGGUCCCACAACUCUUGUUCCUACCACUCUUAGCCCCACCACUGGAAACCCUACAACCGUGUCACCAAGUACAGGCACCCCUACAACACUCAAUCCAAGCACCCUGAUCCCAAGCACGGCAGGACCAACUACACUGUCCCCGAUCACUGCCAGUCCUACAACACCUGGUCCCACAACUCUUGUUGCUACCACUCUUAGCCCCACCACUGGAAACCCUACAACCGUGUCACCAAGUACAGUCGCCCCUACAACACUCAAUCCAAGCACCCUGAGCCCAAGCACGACAGGCCAAACUACAAUAUCACCGAGCACUGCUGGUCCUACCACAGGUAGUCCCACCACCAGCAGUCCUACCCAGCCAGCAACACCAGAUUCGACUCCUGAUGCAACUCCAGAUCAAACCCAGGAGGCAACCCAAGAAGCAACCCAGAAGGCCACUGCAAGCAUGAGUCCCAGCACAGCAGGGCCAAUUACCUUGUCGCCCACCACGGUGAGCCCAAUCACGGCCAGCCCCAGCACCCUGGCUCCCACUGUUUCCAAGGGAGAACCCAGCGCUGCGCCCACCACACUGUCCCCGGCAACUCUUGGUCCAACAACUCAGAGCCCGAGCACUGGUAGUCCCUCAACUGAGAGUACAAGCUCUGGAACCCCAUCUACCUUGUCGCCCAGUACUGGAGUCCCCACAACGGUUGUCCCGAGUACGACAGGACCUGCAACAUUUAGCCCAAGCACUGGAAACCCAACCACGGCUAGCCCUAGUACGGUGAGCCCAAGCAACACUGCUCCCUCAACCCAGGUCCCAAGCACCAGUGGUCCUUCAGCUGAGAUUCCAACGACUGUGACCACCAGCACAGGAACACCAAGUACCUUGUCGCCUAGUACACUGAGCCCCAGCACCGUCAGCCCAACAACUGUUGUCCCUACUUCAUUGAACCCCAGCACUGGCACUCCAUCUACCACCAGCCCAACUACUGUUAAUCCCACCCCCAACACAGGAAUCCCAACCAGCUUGGCACCUAGUACUGCAAUCCCAACAACUUUGGCUCCCUCUGUGCCUGUGGAGGAACCCAGCACAGCUCCCACCACUCUCAGCCCCACAACGUUGACUCCUUCAACAGGAAGCCCCACGACCUCGACCCCUUCAGCUAAUCCCACGACGAGUGCUCCUACUUCCACCAAUCCAACAACAGAUGCUCCAUCGGUGUUACCAAGCGGUAUACCGUCGUUUUUACCAAGCAAUGUUCCCUCCUUUAAUCCCAGUGAAUUACCUGUAACAGAUAACCCGACAAGCUCCAGUCCCACAACUGUUGAGCCUACAACGGCUAUUCCUUCAACCAUGUUACCAACAAUGGCUCCAACACCGGAACCUACCAACCAGCCCACCGACCAUCCAACAAGUGCUCCAAGUGUCCAUCCUACCCCACAACCUACUCAGCAGCCCACAAAUCAUCCAACUGGGCAACCCACCCAUCAUCCAACUGAGCAACCAACCAAUCCACCGACAGGAGAACCCACUCCACAACCAACGGACCAACCAAGCAAGCAACCAACUGACCAGCCGUCUAAAGAGCCCACUGACCAACCCACACCAAUUCCAACUGAGAUGCCUCAGGAGACUCGUCAUCUGAAGAACAGGAAUGAUGUUUCUGAAAUUCGUGGAUGUUUGUACUGUGGGAAUCCCACAAUUCCCUGUAUCUAUCCCAAAAAGUCAGCUUUGUCACCAGACAUCUCUGGUUUCCUUGAAUGCACCGACCUGUCUGGUCCCUGUGUUUGGGAAGGUGAAGAAAUGCCAUCUGCCAGAGAAUUGACCUUGAUGUUGUUGGAUGAUGAAUAUGAUGGGGUCUUUGUAGUCUUCAUGUUGGGUUCACACCAACAGAAACCAUCUGAUGAAUCCCUUGUCCAUGUUUUCUGCGAUUCUGCUCUUGCAUCCACAAAUGGCUUUUCUGAGAGAAGCAGUUUAAGUGAAAGUUUGAUCUUGGGUGGAGGGGCAGGCAACCUCGGCAACCAGCUAUUUGUUGGUCCCUUCUCGAAGAGCCACCUUCCUAUUGAAGUUUGUUUUGAGUUUACAACGAUGCAGAAUAUUGACAGGUUUCGUGUAUUGAAUGCUGAAGACGGCCUAGAUGUCGAUGACCUUCUAGGGAGAGUUCACAACACUGAGCUAUGCAUCAGUAUUGUGGCGUCUGAAUACAGUGUGGAUAUGCAGCCCACGUCUUCCAGUCAGGAUAGUGCAUCAGAGAUUAGUCAAGAAAAGACUACAGACACAUCUGAACAUGGCAGUGAAGGGGGCAUUGACAAAGAGGUUGAGUUUGAUGAGAGCUUGGAAAGUACAGGUGGCCUCUUAAUUCAUGCUCUUGUCAUUGUCUUCUUUGGAUUGGUGAUAUGGAUGGUUCACUGCGCGAGAAAAUGGUUCUAGUUUUGAGGACACAAGGUUGCAAUUUUGUGGGAGCAUGCAGUGUCCAAAGUAGCACCUUGCUUUUUGCCUUGUGAUUUAGGCUGCAAAACCCAGCUUCAAAGAAGUGUCAGUCCAAGGCUUUGACAAUUGACGGAACGUGGUGCAAUAAACAACCUGUAGUGCAGAAAGGUGUCGAAGUAUAGAACCCGAACUCUACUAGCUAGAUUUGUAGUCUAGCUAUGCGGCACUAUGUGUAUAACAGAAGCAAGGAGAUUGAAGAAAGCAACUCAAGAUUAUUUUAGACCCAGGAAAUCCGAAGAACCCAGGGCAAUAAAUGCCCCGGAUUUGCAUCCCUGAAUGUCUGCUCAAUCUGUUGGAGGACAUCCCAAUCGGACGCCAGGGAAUCGUUGGGGUACCAGCAAUGGGAAUGAAAAACUCUGCAGAAACGCCCUUUUUGGGUCCGCAGAAAACACUUUUUUCCUGAAGCAGGCUGGCGUGCACUCUGCAGAAGCCCUCAAACUCUGCAGUUCCGAAAGCCGGCAUGGCUUUUUCUGCCGGGAGGUGUUUUUUUUUCUUCUGGGGAGGGUGUUUUUCUCUGGCAGAUGACUUUUUUUCUGCCAAAAGCACCUGAAAACUGCACAGAAUGGCUCGCAGAGUCGAUUCAUUGUUUGGCAGAAUGAUUUUCUGGAGCAAUUAUCGUUUGCAGCUUGACAAUUACUUAGAGAUGGAUACCAGGCAGGCGUGACGAAACCAGUAGCAGUUUUUUUGUUUGAAAUCUCAACGCUGCCAUGACAUCAUCUACAUUUAAUGCCACGGCACACUUUGGACCUAAGCCCUAACGUCUCUUCUGCAAAACGAGAACCCCCACUAACUGUCUCAUUAACCCAGACUCUAAAACGAGAACCCUAUUAUGAUCUCGAAGAAGACAUUAACUCACACUCUAAAUCAAAUUGAAUUCGAACUUAUUCGAAUAAAAUCGACUCAGUCCCACCAACACCAGCAUGUUUCAAAAGCAUGAGUCACAGUGAUGACGUGGAACCUGUUGAGUUUGAAGAACAUUCUGUCAGGUUCAACUCCCACAAGGAACUGGGAAUGAAAGAAUGCCCAAGAGAGUCAUGCUUUCAUUCACACAUCUAUAAAACCGUUGCAAAAACAGAUUAGUUGAGGGGGGUUGGGGGAUAAAAAUAGAGGGUUCUAUGGGAAUUUUACUACUAUUUGUAGAAGAAUCGUAGGUUGGGUAAUAUUUAAGGGUCAAUAGUGGGGU